CAGGAAGCAGAAGACGCUAAAGCGAAGGCUCUCCAUCCUUGUUUUUUUAAUUACUUAAUACAUCAACGAUUCCCUGAAUGAAAUACUACUCGAGAAACGUCAGCAGCUUGAACCGUUGCUAACAGACAUGGCUAACACCGUGCUGGAGGUGGGGACGGGGGUCUUCGUCAUAUCCAUCGUCUGGAUCGCAGCUCUGGUGUUUGGGAUGAUGCUGCUGAGAGCAUCCGGAUCUGCGAAGUUAGCCGUUAUCCCCAUUUUCCUCCUGGCUCUCACCAUCACUUUAGUGCUGGUGUUUUUCCCACGCAGCCCAGAGACAACCCCCCCUUAUAAACAGACAGAGAUAGUGGACACUUUGUUCAUCGCUCGCUACAUCCUGCUGGCAGUGGUGAGCGUGGUCUUUCUGCUCAUGCUCUUCAUGCUGCUCCCCUUUCAUUUCCUGGAGCCCGUGUAUGCCAAGGCCUUAAGAACUCACUAGACCUGCCAGGGUCAGAGCUGGCACUGGGACCACUGCACUGAUGAGCACAGCUUAAGACAAGCAGGACGAGGACAGCCCAGACAGAGACAGUGUUUCCCCCACGGGAUGUUGUUCACUGUUCAUGUAAACAACAAAACUGAGGUGCUUUCAUUAGUACAUUGUAUCAUUUAAAAUCAUUUAUUUUCUUACUUAUACAAGAGUUCCUAAACAAUCCCUCCACCUUUUUAUAAAGUAAAGGAAUAAAAGAAUAAGGAAAAACAUAUUUACCUUGCCACACUGUUGUAGUGACGUGAACGACACACAUGUAACUGAGGAGGUGCCAGUGCACUGUGACAGUUCAUUCAAAUCCUAAAUGCAUCCUACAUGAUCUCCCAUCUACAGUCUAAAGCCCUGUGAUUGGAUACUACACUGACGACUCACAAACAAUUUAAUAAAAAAUUCCCUGCAGCUGAUAAAUCGCAUAAUAAAAUGCGAUACUUUAAUGAUCACCUCAGCACCAGCAUGGAUUACAGUCAUAAGGUUGCUUCAAUGUGCCUUCAGCAGCAACAUAACUCAGAAUGAAUAUGACACACAAAGAAGUAACAUACAGAAUUUGUAUUUUUAUUAUGCAUAAGUGACGAAAGGAAAAUGUAAUUGUGACUAAUUCCAACAAAUGGACUGUUUGGUUACCUGGAUUAUCUUUGUCUCCUGUCUAUCAUCUUUAAAUGUCCACUUGUCGACAGUGCCAGAAAAGCCUUCUAUUUACACAUUUUAAAUAUCAUAAAUUCAUGUAAAUAUUAUAUACAAGUAGACAAACUUACUUAAAGAAUACAAUUUCCGUCAAAUAUGUACCUCCAAAUGAAUGGAUAACAAAGGGUAAAAGGAACGUCUCA